AAGAAAAAGCAUCAAAAUUAAACCAGCAAAGAAAAUGGCAGCUUACACACUGAAAUCUGACAAGAUGUUCCUUCGAUGUAUCGACAUGGGAGGGAUAGAAGUGUAUGAGCUUGAUAGUCCUUACUUAUAUCCAGUGAAAGGGAAGCAUUGGACCCAUGUUGACAUCAGCAUAGGUCUUGGUAAAAACUAUGAAGCGCUGAAGAUCGGUGACAAGGAGAUCAAGGGUGUCGAUUUGCAGACACUGAUCAAAGAACUAUUCACCUCGCGACUGAUUGUUAAUCGCGAGGGGCUGUGUUUCCUAGCAACCACAGGGGUCACAGCUGUGGUUCUAGAAGUUGAGUACUACAGGCAAUUUGAUAUGUUCAAUUGGUCCAAAUAUCAGGUGAAAACAUCGCUCACCACCAAGUGGACUCGAAAAGACAUUAUGGAUGGGCGUCCCUUGGAUAUUACUGUAACUGCAGGGUCGAAUUCUGAGGAGUUGACAGAGAAAGAAAAGGAACUCGAUGAAGAGAAAAAUAAGCAUAAAGUACAGUUAGAGGAGCUGGAGCGUAAAAAGGAAGAGGAACUCAAGGAAAAACAAGACGAGGUGGACAACUUGAAACAUAAGUUAGCCGAGGCAGAGCUAAAAAACCAGGAAGGCUUGAAGAAGAAACAAGACGAGAUAGCCGAAUUGAAGCUUAAACAUAAUGAGGACCUUACUAACUUGGAGCAAUCGAAUCGGGAACAAUUGAAAAAGAAACAGGAUGAAUUGGAACGAGGAAAGAAAGAAAAUGAGGAUUUGGAGAAAGUGCUCAAAAUUUAUGCAUUUGACAGGAGCGAUCAACCUGUUCCUCUCAUUUUUUUCAGCAGAAUGGUACAAUAUAUGCAGACAGACCUACCUUCUUCAGAAAUUACCAUCCGCUUUACUAGAUCCGGUGAGCAAUUUAAGUGGCCUCCUUCGGUCAAAAUUGUUAUACCUUUAUGCCCAGUCGAAACAGUUACACGUUAUUAUCCUACCAUAACUGUGUCACAACUUAAAGUGGAAACAAUAAGUUGCACAUUAUCUAACGCUAAGGACGACUUUGAUCGCAACAAUUGGCGACUUCUUAGAGUCGUAGAAUUCGAUCAUGGGACUCUAACGAGAAUGAACAUUGCAUAUUACGAUGGCAAUAGGUAUCAAUUCGAUCCGGUUCCAUGUCCUCCUCAAUACCUGACCUAUUAUUUCAGCCUUAAUCUCAUAUCUCUUGUGGGCAUGGGCACCAGGAUAUAUAUUAUGUUUUCAUAG